UUAGUCAACAGACUGGAUUCAGGAAAACAAUAAAAGCUAGCGUCAGUUAACGUUUCCUUUCAUUACAAGGGACUUUGCUUGCAAAUAGAAAUUCGCUUUACCUAAUCCUUACUGUCGUUACGGAUCUUAGUAUGACAUGAGACUAACUUGGCUAGCCCUACAGUUUUCAUAUCAGGAAUAAGGAACAAGUUUUUAGCGUUAUGUGGGGUGUAUAAAUAGCUAGUACAUACUCUCCUACAAGUUUCACCGUAGCUUGCUUGCUGUUGUUUAUUUGGGGAUGAGGCGUGUGCUAAGCUUGGUCAUUCAAGCUCCAAAAAUAUUGCUGGCCUUCUCCCCGCCUAAGUUAAAAAACACAAGUCUGUUGUGCACCUCGUCUUACCAGGGAGACAGUACUUGCAAUGGUACGCACAGCAGAAUGGACUUGCUGUCAGACCCUCAGCUGUUUGAAGCCCACUUUGAGGAGCUGGUGACGGAGCUCACAGAGGGAGACUUCACCGAUCCGGUGUUGGAUGAUGCCUUGAACAGAUUGCGAGAGGUUUUGGUGUACAAUACUGCUGGAGGUAAGCGGAACAGAGGCCUGUCUGUGAUUGGCUCACUGAGGGAGCUUCUUCCACCCGCCCAGCUCACCCAGCACACAGUGCAACGGGCUCUGAUGGUUGGCUGGUGCAUUGAAUUGCUUCAAGCGUUUUUCCUUGUGGCAGAUGAUAUCAUGGAUACAUCUGUGACUCGGAGAGGACAGCCCUGCUGGUACAAGAGGGAUGGAAUAGGUCUGGACGCCAUCAAUGAUUCAUUUCUUUUGGAAGGAUCUGUCUACAGACUGCUUCGCAGACAUUGCAGAGAUCAGCCCUACUAUGUUCACCUACUGGAGCUAUUUACUGAGACAUCUUACCAGACAGAGCUCGGCCAAGCGCUGGACCUCAUGACCGCUCCCCCCGGUCAGAUUGACCUCAACAGAUUCACCAUGGAAAGGUACAAAGCUAUUGUAAAAUACAAGACUGCCUUCUACUCUUUUUAUCUCCCAGUGGCAGCUGCAAUGUACAUGGCUGGAAUCAAAAGUGAAGAAGAACACAAUAAUGCCAAACACAUCUUACUUGAGAUGGGAGAGUUCUUCCAAAUACAGGAUGACUACCUAGAUUGUUAUGGUGACCCUGCUGUCACAGGAAAGAUUGGGACAGACAUCCAGGAUAACAAGUGCAGCUGGCUGGUAGUGACAGCCCUGGAAAUCAUGACUCCUGAACAGAGAGCAGAGUUGGAGGCGUGUUAUGGGCAGCAGGAUGACGCCAGGGUAGAAAAGGUCAAAGCACUGUACAGCACCCUGCAAAUGCCAAAACUGUACCACAAAUAUGAAGAUGAGAGCUACCAGCGACUACAGAAACUAAUCGAAUGUCAUGCUCAAAACCUCCCUCACUCAGUCUUCCUCAACUUUGCCAAGAAAAUCUACAAAAGGAACAAGUGAGAGAGAAUGGUUGUCUUCGGAGCUCCUCUCCCUUUAAAGAGGGUUUACCAAGACAAGGCUCUGACUGUAGCCGCAUGACCCAAACAGGGCUGGGACUAUGUUUAGAAAAUGUUUCAGUGAUAUGUAGAUACUUUGGAGCAACAUCAAACAGCCAGUGUCAUUUGCUCUGUCAGCUAUUUAUUGUCAUUUCUCCACUGGAGAAUGUAGUAGAUGUAUGAAAUUGCACACUGACCGAUCCAGUGUUCAUAUUUGUCUGCCCUGCGGGAUGCAUGGCAGGAUGAAGAUACAAAUAAAAUAAAACUCUAACUGGUUUUGA